AUGGCCACCCUGCAGGCCGACGCCCACCAGAUAUUCCAGAGCGCGGUGUCAGCCGUCCUGCCCCCCCGCAUGCUGCAGAGGGCGCUGGUUGUGAAGGAGAGUAGCGGCUCGGCUGUCCUGCAGUGUGGGGGAAGGGAGUUCUGGUUGGACAGGAAUCUGUACCUGGUGGGGUUCGGGAAAGCGGUUCUGGGAAUGGCCGCCGCAGCGGAGCGGAUUGUCGGGAGGCACCUGGUCAGGGGAGUGAUCAGCAUUCCGCUAGGGAUGGCGGAGAGUCUGAAGAGAGCCGGGAAGAGUGACAUGCUUCUGCCUGCGAUGGGCCGGGUGCUGGUCAUGGAGGGAGCCGCAAACAACAUGGUGGACGAGGCUGCAGAGAGAGCCGCCGGGGAGAUCCGGGAAUUGGCGGAGAGACUGCAGGAGGACGACAUUCUGCUGGUGCUGAUCUCCGGUGGGGGCUCCGCACUGCUGCCGGCCCCGGUCCCCCCGCUCACCCUGCAGGACAAGCAGACCAUCACCCAGCAGCUGGCACUGAGAGGGGCGACCAUCCAGGAACUGAACACCAUCCGCAGAGCUCUGUCCCAGCUGAAAGGAGGAGGACUGGCCAGGGCGGCCUACCCAGCACAGGUUGUCAGUCUGAUCCUGUCGGACGUCAUCGGGGACGACUUCAAUGUGAUUGCCAGCGGCCCGACGGUUCCCAGCACUCGCAGCGCAGAAGAUUGCCUUCAGAUUCUGAGCAGAUACAGCCUGAGGGGGGCGGUGUCAGACGCCGUGGAGGAAGCCUUGUCCUCCGGACCCGGGGUGGAGGAAGUCGAACAUUUCCCGCACGUCCACAACAUCCUCAUCGGCUCCAACCUGAUCGCCUUACGUGAGACUGAGCGGGAGUCCCAGAAGUUGGGGUACCUCCCCCUCCUGCUCUCCUCCGCCAUCAGCGGAGAUGUGACGCUCGUGUCGCGGUUCUUCGCCCUCCUGGCGCGGGUCAUUUCCGCCAUCUUGGCGUCCAGCCCUGAGCAGGCGCAGCUGGAACAAGAGAUCCUGGAGCUGGCCUCCGCCAUGGCCAUCCCCGGGAGGAAUAGUCUCCCCGAACGGCUGCAGGAGGUGAAGGAGGCCAGGAACGCCGACGCCGUUUGCGCCCUCUUCGGAGGGGAGAUCACAGUGCAGGUUCGGGGGAAGGGCAAGGGUGGGCGGAACCAGGAACUGGCACUCCGAGUGGCCACUGAGUGGCAUCGAUCUUCGGCCGGCAUGUCGGGGUGCGAGGUGCUGUUCCUGAGCGGGGGCACCGACGGGCAGGAUGGCCCCACGGACGCUGCCGGAGCUUCCUCCUAUCCGCAGCUCGUGGCGCAGGCUCUAGAGGACGGCCUGGAUGUGGAGGGAUCCCUUAAUUGCAGUGAUUCCAACAGCUUCUUCAGGCAGUUCCAAAAUGGCCGACAUCUGCUGGUGACGGGACUGACGGGGACUAAUGUCAUGGAUGUUCAGGUGCUUCUCGUACGGAGACACGCAGGGACCCCAUGA